CGCCUAGAAAAGGCACGGGUUUGGGAGUUAAGCCGGUCGGAAUAGAAAACGAUCCUCCUUCCGCCGUCGUCAGACGUCUGCGUCGGUCGUUCUCUUCUAUGCGGAUCGACGUUGAAGAGAUAAAAGCGACGGAGUAGUCGAAGAAGGAAAACCCUAGAUAUUCGUCCUAUGAUCGAGUCGAUGAUCCCGUUGAACAUUCGAACUGUGGAGAGUCCUUCCCGAUCCCUGCCGAUCUAGGCCUUCUCCUCGAUUGGGGCCGUGCGAAGGAGCUGACUGCUGGGAGACGAUCGAAGGAGUGCGUAGUUUCUUAGAUCGGUGGCCCUGGCUGGGCAUUUUGCGGUUUUGGGUAGUUUUGCCUGGCGGGUUAUGGGAGCGACGGGAUCGAAGCUUGAGAAGGCUCUCGGCGAGCAGUUCCCGGAAGGUGAGCGGUACUAUGGCCUUGAGAACUUUGGCAACACCUGCUACUGCAACAGCGUCUUGCAGGCUCUUUUUUUCUGUGCCCCUUUCCGGGAGCAAUUGCUGGAGUAUCAUGAAAAGAAUAAAAAUAAUGGUGAUGCAGAGGAGAAUCUUUUGACAUGUCUUGCUGACCUAUUUUCUCAGAUCAGUUCUCAGAAGAAGAAAACUGGUGUUGUCUCUCCUAGGCGCUUUGUACAAAGGGUGAAGAAACAAAAUGAGUUGUUCCGUAGUUACAUGCACCAGGAUGCUCAUGAGUUUUUGAAUUUCCUGCUCAACGAGCUUGUUGAUAUUCUAGAGAAAGAAGCCAAUACUCCAAAGUCCUCAUCCGAGGCCUCAUCGAUGCCCCAAAAACUUGCAAAUGGCCAAACUAAUCUGCAUGUCAAUGGUGUAACAAAAGAGCCCCUUGUUCCUUGGGUUCACAAAAGUUUUCAAGGCACUCUUACCAAUGAAACAAAAUGUUUGCUUUGUGAAACUGUUACUGCUAGAGAUGAACCAUUUUUGGACUUAAGCCUCGACAUUGAACAAAAUAGUUCAAUCACAAGUUGUCUCAAAAAUUUCAGUUCAACUGAAACCCUCAAUGCAGAAGAUAAGUUCUUCUGUGACAAAUGUUGCAGCUUGCAAGAGGCCCAAAAAAGGAUGAAGAUCAAGAAGCCACCUAACAUCCUCGUAAUCCAUCUCAAGCGCUUCAAAUAUAUCGAACAGCUGGGCCGCUACAAGAAGCUGCUCUACCGUGUCGUCUUUCCCUUGGAGUUGAAACUGAACAACACUGUCGAGAAUUCAGAUACCGAGUAUGCUCUCUUUGCUGUGGUGGUUCAUGUGGGAGUUGGCCCCAACCACGGACACUAUGUCAGUCUCGUGAAGAGUCACAACCAUUGGCUUUAUUUCGACGAUGAAAAUGUUGAAAUGAUUGAUGAAUCAACUGUCCAAACAUACUUUGGGUCGGCACAGGAGUACACAGGUAACACUGAUCACGGGUACAUUCUGUUCUACGAGAGCCUCAAUAGCAAAAGAUGAAAGAUGUUUUUGCCUCUUGAAUUUUUAGGCACCUUCCUUUUUUUUUUUUCUUCUCCCUGACCAUUCCAUGAUCUUUCUCGAUCAAACCUUGAAGCUUUCCCAGGGGACGCAUAGUUAUAGAACAAAUACAGUCAGAUGGUGGACUCCAUCUUGUUCAGUACUAAUAAUUCUUUGUGUGACAUACAUAUGCUGCAAAAAUACAGAGUAUAAUCGUACCUGUAACAAGUUUGUAUCGUGUCAUUUCAUAAUUCAGAGAGAAUUAUGGACAGUGUGUUUGAGUUUUUAUGGAAUGAAGACAAUGACAGUAAAUUUUUACUAGA